CUGCUUGUUCUCCUUCAAUACCGAAUGAAUAGAUACAAAGCAACUUUGAAAAUCUUGACAUUUACUAUUGAAAACAAAAUUCGAUUAAAAAUUUGUAAUAUUACUUAUUUGUGCGUUGCAAAUAAUUUUUCGUGAAGGACCUUAGAAAUCGAAAAUAUUUCAGGAAGAGCUUGCAUAAAGAUAUAUAUAUAAAUGGCAUUACCGGCAAAUUAUAAGCAAAUUGCUUCCAAUUUGCCAACAACAACAUCGACUGGCCAUAUGAUGUCGUCUCCAGUUCCUCCAACCUUCAACAUUUUGAAAGAAAGACUCCGAGCGCCAGAAGGAACAAAAGCAUCAAAAGAAACGAAAGAUACAACUCCAAUAUUUUCUCAUAGCAACUAUGGUAAUCCCGCGUUCACACCUCAAAAAGCAGGAAAAUCUUCAAAGCAACAAGCUGCUGAAGCAGCUCGCGUACCAAAACCACCAAAACCACCAGAAAAACCAAUGAUGCCUUAUAUGAGAUAUUCAAAAAAAAUGUGGGAUUCUGUGAAGGCUGCAAACCCUGACCUGAAAAUUUGGGAAUUAGGUAAGAAAAUUGGUGCGAUGUGGAAAAGUGCUUCUGAUUUGGAAAAACAAGAAUUUAUAGAUGAAUAUGAAGCAGAGAAGAUUGAAUAUGAGAAAAAUUUACGAACUUAUCAUAAUUCACCCGCAUAUUUGGCUUAUAUAGCUGCUAAAAAUAAAAAGUCUGAUGCAGAUGUUCAUGAAACUCCUUCAAGAGCUGGUGGAAAAGGACAGCAGGAACGAAGAAUAGAUAUACAGCCAGCUGAGGAUGAAGAUGAUCAAGAUGAUGGUUAUUCGGUAAAACAUGUUGCUUACGCCAGAUUCAUCAGAAAUCACCGGUUAAUUAAUGAAAUAUUUUCUGAUGCUGUAGUUCCUGAUGUAAGAUCUGUUGUCACUACACAACGUAUGCAAGUACUUAAAAGGCAAGUAACAUCAUUAACAAUGCAUCAAACUAAAUUAGAAGCUGAACUUCAACAAAUGGAAGAAAAAUUUGAAACUAAAAAACGGAAAUUACUAGAAUCAAGUGAAAUAUUUCAGGAAGAAUUAAAAAAACACUGUAAACCAGCUGUAGAUGAAGAAACAUUUCAGAAAAUGGUUCAAAAAGCUUAUGAAGAUUUAAAACGUGAACGUUCAAAGACAGAUGAACCUUUAGGAAAUAUAAAUAACUCUAAUCCACAAAGUAAUGCACAAAAACCAAUUAUGGCAAAUUCAGGAUCAACAAUAAAUCGUAAUGAGGACACAAAGACAGUAACAAAUCAAACAUCUGCUUCUAAUAUGCCAACUCCACCAUCACAAAAUACUGCAUCUAAUGCAUCAUCUUCUUCAAAUCAAACUCCAAGCACUCAACAAGUUUUACAACCAACCGUUACAAAUCAAACUUCAAGUAAUCAAGGUCCUUCGUCUCAAACAUCUCAGAACCUUCAAAAUGGUGGUCCGCCUGUAAGCCAACAGUUAAAUCCUACUUCAUUACCUAUUCCUAAAAUGUCAACAGGAUUAUUGCCAGAGGCUGCUCCUCCUCCUUCGAAUUCGCCAGCAGUUCAUGAUAAUUCAAAAGAUCAAAAUGAACCAAUGGACAUGGAUAUCGAACCACCAUCGAAACAUGCACCUGCAAUCAUUCCAGGAGCUGGUAUGAAACCAAAUCUGCCACCUCCACCUACAAUGAACGCUGAUAAACCAAAAACACCUCCAAAUAAUCAACACUUAACUAAAGAAAAUCAAUUUGGAAUCGAUUCCCCUAAAGUUAAAGGGCGCAAGACUUCAACCGAAAAUUGGGACAAAACUGGUGAAGGCCAGUCUAAACAUGAUGUGCACAAUGAACCAAAAAUAUCUGAGCAAUCUCAUCCAGUUCAUCCAUCGUCAAUAAUGAAUCCCUUGCAAAGUAGUCCGAGUCAACAUCGUGGUCCUAUGUCACCAUCUGGAAUGAUGCAAACAGCUCCUUCAGUUAAUUUACCACCAAAUCCUCCACAAACCCCGACGGGUCCUUCUGGACCUCCAGGUCCUCCACAACAACACAUGCCGACACAACAACAUCCUACUAGUGGACCUCCUGGUCCAGACACUCCUCCAGUUGUUCCGCCUACUCACCACGGCCCUCCAAGUCAUCAUAUGUCACCACACAUGGGCAGUCAUCAUCCUGGCAUGCAUCCUAAUUAUGGCGGCUAUGCACCUCCUCCUGGGCCUCCGAGAUCACCGUAUUAUGCGCCACAGUACGGUGGCCAUCCUCCUCCGCAACCUUACGGACAGUAUGCGCCAUAUCCCUACCAUCAACAAUACGCUCCUCCGCCAGGACAUUAUAUGGGUCGUCCAGGACCAGCAGGACCCCCAAUGCAUUAUGAUCAUGGUGCAGGACAACCUCCACCACAGCAUAUACCACCUCAAAUGGAUGGUCAUCAUAAUUCAUAUGGUCCUCCAGCUCAGAAUACAACCGCACCACCUCAAGUUGGGCCGCCAGGACAAUCUCUCCCCCCAAUUUCAAAUGAUGAAGCAAAGCGUGAUGACAGCGGUGCAGAUUCUGACAAAAAAGAUAGUGAAUAAAAGAUGCACAUUUUUAUUUAAUAUUAAACUAAAAUUAAAGUUUUAUUUCAAAAGCUAAAACAAAUAAAUUUAAAAAUUUUAAA